UCUUUAUUUUUUACGCUCCAAAAUUUCACUCUUAUUCUGCCUCUUUCGAUCCUUCUCCAAUCUUCCGGUUCACCAUGAGAAACAUUGGCAGUUCUCGCUCCUUUCUGUUCAUCGGAGUUUUAAUCCUCUGUUAUUUUCCGCAUGUCAGAUCCGAUGCCUCCGACCACCGUUACAAAGACGGUGACCCCGUCCCUCUUUACGCCAAUAAGGUCGGCCCUUUCCACAACCCAAGUGAAACUUAUCGCUACUUUGAUCUGCCUUUCUGUUCUCCAGAUCAUGUAAAGGAGAAGAAAGAAGCCUUAGGUGAGGUAUUGAAUGGAGAUAGGCUCGUGAGUGCUCCUUAUAAGCUGAAUUUUAAAGAGGAAAAAGAUUCUUCUGUUGUUUGUAAGAAGAAGCUUUCGAAGAAUGAAGUUGCCAUUUUACGGAAGGCGGUCGAUAAGGAUUAUUAUUUCCAAAUGUACUAUGAUGAUUUGCCUAUUUGGGGUUUUAUUGGCAAAGUUGACAAGGAAGGAAAAACUGACCCCAAUGGGUACAAGUAUUUCCUUUACAAGCAUAUCCAGUUCGAUGUUCUUUAUAACAAGGAUCGCGUUAUUGAGAUCAGUGCAAGGAUGGAUCCUCAUUCUCUCUUGGAUUUGACGGAGGAUAAGGAAGUUAAAGCUGAGUUUAUGUAUACUGUGAAAUGGAAGGAAACUGAUACUCCUUUUGAGAAGAGGAUGGAUAAGUACUCCAUGUCUUCUUCUUUGCCGCAUCAUUUGGAGAUUCAUUGGUUUUCGAUUAUCAACUCUUGUGUGACAGUUCUCCUGUUGACCGGUUUCCUUGCAACAAUUCUCAUGCGGGUCUUGAAGAAUGAUUUCAUUAAGUAUGGUCAAGAUGAAGAAGCAGCUGAUGAUCUAGAAGAGACUGGAUGGAAGUAUAUUCACGGAGAUGUCUUCAGGUUCCCAAAGUACAAAUCUUUGUUUGCAGCUGCUCUUGGAUCUGGAACGCAACUGUUCGCCUUAACGAUAUUCAUUUUUAUGCUUGCAUUGGUUGGUGUCUUCUAUCCGUACAACCGAGGUGCUCUGUUUACUGCUCUAGUGGUCAUUUAUGCACUCACAUCAGGAAUUGCAGGAUAUGUAGCAACUUCUUUCUUCUUUCAGCUUGAAGGAAAGAAUUGGGUUAGGAAUCUGUUUUUGACCGGCUGCCUUUUCUGUGGGCCUUUGUUUCUCACAUUCUGCUUUCUUAACACUGUUGCUAUUGCAUACAGUGCAACCGCCGCACUGCCUUUUGGAACUAUUGUAGUUAUAGUCCUCAUAUGGACACUAGUGACAUCUCCUUUGCUUGUUCUGGGUGGCAUUGCUGGCAAAAAUAUGAAGGCCGAGUUUCAAGCUCCUUGCCGUACCACCAAGUAUCCUCGUGAGAUUCCACCACUACCUUGGUACAGGAGUGCUAUUCCUCAGAUGGCAAUGGCUGGAUUUCUUCCUUUCAGUGCUAUCUACAUUGAGCUUUACUACAUAUUUGCCAGUGUCUGGGGACACAGGAUCUAUACCAUAUAUAGCAUUUUGUUUAUUGUCUUCAUCAUCCUUCUGAUUGUCACUGCUUUCAUAACUGUGGCUUUGACAUAUUUCCAACUUGCUGCUGAAGAUCAUGAAUGGUGGUGGAGGUCUUUCCUAUGUGGUGGAUCAACUGGUGUCUUUAUCUACGCCUACUGCUUGUAUUAUUACUAUGCACGAUCAGAUAUGUCGGGAUUUAUGCAAACCACAUUCUUCUUUGGUUACAUGGCCUGCAUCUGCUAUGGAUUCUUCCUCAUGCUCGGGACAGUGGGUUUCCGUGCCUCGCUAUUCUUUGUUCGUCACAUAUACAAGUCAAUCAAGUGCGAGUAAGCAGGUUAAGUUGCCCUUGCCAGUUUCCAUCAGCUCUGUCUGAGAAUUCUAUGAAUUUUGUUAGAUAUUAGGUGGAAGAUGUGCCUUAAUUGUUGGUUAGCAAAUUCGGGUUGCAUGCAUGCUUUGACUUCAAAUGCCUAACGGGAGAUCUAUGAGAUCUGGCAUGUAGGUGGUGGCAUUGGCAUUGGCAUUGGAAAUGGAGAACAUUUAGGUUAGGCAUCAUGUAUUUAUAUUUAUUUUCUGUAUGAUACUCAUGACCUGAUACUGAUGUGUGUAGAAUGCUUUAUUUUUUUUAUACAUCUUUACCAAGUAAAAUCAGGGUAAUUCUCCUGUGCACUC